UAACAUCAGGCGGCCCAAAAGCCUUCACAGAAUAAACCCUGGGCCUCCGACCGCCGCCCCUCUCCUCGUCCUCCUCGCCGUCCUCCUAACCCAGGCGCCGCGCCGCCGCCAUGUCGAAGAAAGGAGGCAAAAAGGCCGCGGCAGGCGGCGGCGAGAUGUCCCGCUUCCUGCAGCCGCACCUCCAGACCAUCACGGACACCCUCCAGAUGAUGUCGGAGGCGGCUCCCGGUGGACUGGAGCGGACGGAGUGGUCAGAGGUCGUCGCGCUCGGCGAUGUGGUUUCCAGGCAGGCCACCGUCGCUGGGAUGGUCUGGAGCGGAGACUUGCCUGGUGUGGAAACGCUUAAGGAGAACAUUGCUGCGUAUUUCAACGUCCUGCAGGGUUUCCUUUUGGCUUGCCAUGGAAGCACGGUCGGUGCUGGUCCUACUCUUCACAAGUAUAUCACUAGUUCUGCAAAGGGCGUGGUGGAUGCCAGCUUCUCGUUGUUCAAGCUAGCUGUUUCUGCCUAUGAAUCUGGCAGUCCUGACCGGAAAACAAUCAUACCUCCAGUGACAGGAACUGUAUGGGAAGCUUGUCUUGCUCUUAAGAAGGUGCCUGCAACCAACUGUAUCGCCAUAGGGCGAGCUAUGACGCUGAUAUGUGUAUGUCUGAAGGAUAUCCUGCGCGAGAUGAAAGAACUCCCGCUUGGUGAUGAUACCAAAGCUGAAAAAUCUUCCAACGGAGAUGUCGCCAUGAGCUUUUCAGAUAAGGAUGAAUCAUUCUCUGAUCUUGAGGAAGAUGAAGGCUUCACUGAGGAGGAGAUAGCCGUUGCCAAGUUGAUUAUCGCUGUUACAGCAGAUUCGCUUGACGCGGUGAAAGAAACAAUCCGUUUCGUCACUAGUUUGCUCAAGAGCUCUGGCAACCAAAGCGGUGCUGCUGAGGACAAGGUGGAGUCCAUGGAGAAUUUGCUGAGCCACUGCAGGGACGUUGCUGACCAGGUUAACGAGCUUGGGGCCUCCGUGUAUGCACAAGACCUGUCUGAAAUGAAGUCAGCCAUAAAAAGACUGUACGUUGGCAUCACAGGGAUGUGCCAGGAAAUAGCGGGCCUCGGUGGCUCGCCCAAGAAUGCCUAUGCAGCCUUCAGUGGAUUUGAGAAGUCGUUGAAAGCUCUUGAGGAAGAGAUAGGUGAGGAUGUCGUGGACGAAAUGAAAAAUCUUACCAUCAGCCCAUCCUGAUUGUGGAAGUAGAAGACUUCUUUUAUGAUAUACCCUCUAGUUUGUAGCAGUGUUCUGAUGUGUCUUCUCUAGUUGGAGUUAUGAAGCUUGUGUUGUUGAACCAAACGACGAGUGCAUAGUUCUUUCCGGUGAACAAGAGAAUGCUUAGUGCUUAGUGUGGUGUUGGAAUUCCUGUUGUGUUAAAGGCAGUAUGACUAGUUGUAAUAUAUACAAGGUUGGUGCUACAUAAUUUUUGGGUGCUGUAAUAUCUAAGGUUGGUUCUAGAUGAA